AACCACCAGAGAGGACAGAAACCACCAGAGUGGACAGAAACCACCAGAGAGGACAGAAACCACCAGAGUGGACAGAAACCACCAGAGAGGACAGAAACCAUCUGAGUGGACAGAAACCACCAGAGAGGACAGAAACCAUCUGAGUGGACAGAAACCACCAGAGUGGACAGAAACCACCAGAGAGGACAGAAACCAUCUGAGUGGACAGAAACCAUCUGAGUGGACAGAAACCACCAGAGAGGACAGAAACCAUCUGAGUGGACAGAAACCACCAGAGUGGACAGAAACCACCAGAGAGGACAGAAACCAUCUGAGUGGACAGAAACCAUCUGAGUGGACAGAAACCACCAGAGUGGACAGAAACCAUCUGAGAGGACAGAGACCACCAGAGAGGACAGAAACCAUCCGAGAGGACAGAGACCACCAGAGAGGACAGAAACCAUCUGAGUGGACAGAGACCAUCCGAGAGGACAGAAACCACCAGAGUGGACAGAAACCACCAGAGUGGACAGAGACCAUCCGAGAGGACAGAAACCACCAGAGAGGACAGAAACCACCAGAGAGGACAGAAACCAUCCGAGAGGACAGAAACCACCAGAGUGGACAGAAACCAUCUGAGAGGACAGAAACCACCAGAGUGGACAGAAACCAUCUGAGAGGACAGAAACCACCAGAGAGGACAGAAACCAUCCGAGAGGACAGAGACCAUCUGAGAGGACAGAGACCAUCUGAGAGGACAGAGACAGGACUUUUCCUCCUCCGGUUUCCUGACACCGGCUCCCGCUGCAGCUCCUGCCCGCCCCCCGGCUCCUCCCUCCCGGCCAUGGGCUCCGUGCUGCCCGGCUCCUCGCUGGGCCUGAAGCCGGGCUUCAAGCCGCAGCAGCCGCUCUCCCUGGCGGACAUCAUCACCUCGGACAUCCUGCACAGCUUCCUGUACGGCCGCUGGAGGCACGUGCUGGGCGAGCAGCACCACCACCCGCACCAGCAUCACCUGCAGCACGAGGACCGCAGCACCGCCCCGAGCGCGAGCCCCAAGACCGCGUUCACCGCCGAGGUGCUCGCGCAGUCCUUCUCCGGAGAAGUCCAGAAGUUGUCGAGUCUGGUUUUACCCAGCGAGGUGAUCAUUGCUCAAAGUUCAGUCCCAGGAGAAGGUUUAGGUAUUUUCUCUAAAACAUGGAUUAAAGCAGGAACAGAGAUGGGACCAUUCACCGGACGCCUCAUCUCACCUGAACACAUCGACCUGUACAAGAACAACAACCUCAUGUGGGAGGUGUUUAAUGAGGACGGGACGGUCAGGUACUUCAUCGAUGCCAGUCAGGAGGAUCAGAGGAGUUGGAUGACGUACAUCAAGUGUGCGAGGAACGAGCAGGAGCAGAACCUGGAGGUGGUUCAGAUCGGCAGCAGCAUCUUCUACAAGGCCGUGGAGACGAUCCCUCCGGACCAGGAGCUGCUGGUCUGGUACGGAAACUCCCACAACACCUUCCUGGGAAUCCCUGGAAUUCCUGGAGGAGAUGAAGAACAGAGCAAGAAGAGCAAGAGCGAUGAGUUCCACACCUGUGAAGGCUCCUCUUCCUCCUCCUCUUCCUCCUCCUCCUCCUCGUCCUCCACGUCCUCCUCCUCCAGUGUGGGCCGUAUGCGUUGCGUUAUCUGCCACCGCGGGUUCAACUCCCGCAGCAACCUGCGCUCUCACAUGCGCAUCCACACGCUGGACAAACCGUUCGUCUGCCGUUUCUGCAACCGCCGCUUCAGCCAGUCGUCCACGCUGAGGAACCACGUCCGGCUGCACACCGGCGAGCGCCCGUACAAGUGCCACGUCUGCCAGUCGGCGUACUCCCAGCUGGCCGGCUUGCGGGCGCACCAGAAGAGCGCCAGGCACCGGCCCACCGGAGAUGCCGGGGCCGCGGUGGGAAGUGUGGUGGUAGCUCACUCGCCUCCUCCUCACCCACCGCAGCUGAACGCCAUGCCUCACCCGGCAUCACUGGUUCACCACAUCCCCACCAUGGUGCUGUGAUGGAGAGGAGACAGACGGACGCACCAGAAUACAGACAGGCAUCUUUAAAUUAAACAUAAGAUUAAAUAUUUGGACAAUCUAAAACCUGACAGUCAGGUGUGUCUCUCAUGGAGGAACAUGGUGAACCGUCUGGCAGUUACCCAGGUAGCCAAUCAGCACAUUCGGCUGUGUGCUGGUUGAUCACUGAUGGCUGCUCCCCCGGUCGGAAAAAAAACAGAGCCAAUUAGAGCAUUGAAGGCCAGAUUAAGAACGGGGACGACAUCUUCCUCUGCUAAAAACAGAAAAAGCCCGUUUACUAUUGUUAUGAUUUCCAGAACCAGAACCAGGCAUCCCACAGUGAUCUGGAAUAAACAGACCUGCUUGUUUGUUGAUCUACUAUGAAUAUGAACAAUCUGAGCCUUAAAGUGGUUGUUUAGGUUUUCUGGAGCAAAAUAUUUAAGGAGACCUAUUUUACUGCUUUUCCAGACCUAUUUUGUAGUUCUGUGACGCCUGUAUGGCAGCUUUGCAUGAUUGAAAGUUCAAAAACAUAACUCUCUGUUUUACACUGGCUCUUUAUUUAGGCCUUCACUUCAGCCUCUGUCUGAAACAAGCUGGAGAUGCUCCUGUUUCUUUAAGGCCCUCUCAAAGCCCACUGUCUUCUGAUUGGCCAAGACCUGAAGCAUGUUACCAGGCUGUUGUUGUCGCUGGGCGGUACAGACAGACUGAGCGUUGCUGUGCUGUU